AUAUUAGAGGGACUGUAUCCAGAACACCAGACUUAGUAAAAGUUAGUAUUUAAAGAAAAAUUCAAAUAUAUUGAAAGAAAAAUUAAUAAUCAUUUAUUAUGUGUAUUUAGCGCCAAAGUUUUAUGAAAAGUCGUGUAGACCUAGGUGGUGGUGAUAUAGAUUGGAUGCGAGGAAAAGGCUUUCUUAAACCAGAAGAUCAGUUACAAUUAGCAGAUGCAGAAUUACAAGAAGAAUUUGCAAGAGUUUUAACUAUACAUAAUACAAGAAUUCCAGAUUCUUUAAUUGAAUGGUCAUGGAAAUUUAAGAAUUUUAUAAAACUACCUCCUCCACCACAUUUAGUAACUCUUUUAAAUGUACCUGGAAUGAUAUUACAUAAAGAUUCAGAAGAAGCAAAAGUACAGCUGGCAGGUGGACUUGUGACAGACAUAGAAGCACCAGCUACCCAAAAGUUUGAAGAAGAUGAUGAAGCAGAAGAGGGAGAAGAAGAAGAAGAGGAAGAAAAGGAAGAAGGGGAGGAAAGAGAUGAAAUGCAAGAGGAGGAAUUACCAAAGCCAACGGAAGUCGAGGCAGAGCAUAAAGAACCUGAAGCUGAUCAGGAACAUGAACCAGAUGAAGAAGAAAUAGAACAAAUAAAACCUAAAAAAUUACCAAAUCAAUUUAACUUUUGUGAAAGGGCUGCUUUGACUUACAGUAAUCCUCUGCGAGAAAUGAGUACCCAAACAGUACCACCACCAACAGCUAUAUUUAAUACUCAUGUUUUUCAAUGGACAAUCUUUGAUGAAUACCAGGAAGAUUUUGCUCAACAACAACGUGAAAGAGAAAAAGAAAGAAGAAUUCCAGUUGUACAACCAAAGAAGGAAGAUUUAAAGAAGAAAGCUCAAACAGAAUCUAUGGCACUAAUGUCGAGAAUGUUACAAGCUGCAAAAACAUUAGAACGAAUGGUGAACCAAAAUAUUUUUGAUGAAAUAUUACAAGAUUACAGAUAUUGGGAUGAUCCAAGUGAUGAAUUUAAGAACGGAGAAGGCUCAUUGCUACCCUUAUGGAAAUUUAGUUACGAAAAAACUAAAAAGCAUCAUGUUACAGACUUAUGCUUUAACAAUAGAUAUUACGAUUUAUUUGCAGUAUCUUAUGGAACAAUGUCAUUUAGUAGUAUGAUAACAAACGGAGCAAUAUGUUUAUUUAGCUUAAAAAAUCCAUCAUAUCCAGAAUGGAUAUGCUCAACAGAAUCUCCAGUAAUGUGUUUAGCUUUUAGUGAACAACAUCCACAUCUUUUAGUGAUUGGUACUACAGAUGGUGCAGUAGCUGUCUAUAAUAUCAUGUUACCACCAACAGCUCCUCAAUAUAAGAGUAAUGAUGUUGUUCAAAAACAUGGAGGUAUUGUAUGGGAGGUAUGUUGGGCACCAGAUACAGAAGAAGGUAAUUUGGCAUUUUACAGUGUCAGCAUUGACGGAAUAAUUAACUACUGGAUAUUAAAUCAAAAUGAUCUUGGUUUAACAACUGUAAUGACGUUGUUUUUGGACCGUCCUCCGAUACCUGGACCGGAUGGUACUAUGAUCACACUUAAAGGAUGUGGAACAUGCCUAGUAUUUCAUCCUGCAGAUCAAAAUAUAUUUUUAGUUGGAACAGAAGAAGGAACAAUUUAUAAAUGCAAUACAGCAUAUAGUAGCGUUUAUAUGAAAACUUAUAAUGAAGCACAUAAUAUGCCAAUAUACAGAAUAGUAUUUAACAAAUUCAAUUCUAGCAUAUUUGCAAGCUGUUCAGGUGACUGGAGAAUAAAAAUAUGGGAAGAUGAUAGAAUGGAGCCUCUGUUUAUGUUUGAUCUUGGUGUUCCAAUUGGAGAUGUUCAAUGGGCACCAUAUAGUUCAACAGUACUAGCUUGUGUUUCAAAUGAUGGUAAAGUUACAGUAUUUGAUCUAAAUGUAAAUAAAUAUAGACCAAUAUGUAGUCAACAAAUUGUUAACAGAAAAAAAAAUAAACCAACUCGACUUGCAUUCAACAAUAAAUUGCCGUUCAUUAUAGUUGGCGAUGAUAAAGGCACUAUAAAUACAUUAAAAUUAUCACCAAAUCUUAGACUAAAAGUAAAACCAACAAAAAAACAGCUUCAUUUAACACAUACGGAAUUAGAAGUUAUGAAAUUAGAAAGAUUAUUAAGCUUUGUACGUGAACCGCCUGUAUUAAUACCACCAAAAGAUGAAAGGACUUAA